AUGAAGGUGGCCGGCGUGGUGAACUUCGUGCGCUACCAGGCCAACCAUGUCUAUCAGAACCCUCAAAAGACCCUGGCCAUUCUCGAGGUUUUCUGGGACUUUUCGCGUCGUUAUUUCUUUGCAUUAGCAUUUUGGUCUUUAUUCGCUGCCAAAGUGCAACAUUUAUACGCCCAUCUCUAUUCUCUUCCCUUUGAGAAAUUCCUUCUCUGGGGACCAUCCUUCUUUUUCCAAGAUGUGGCCAUUCUAUUACUGUUUCGGAUCUUUGUGAAGAAAUGGACGGGGUUGAUUGCGGCUUUCAAUGCCAUCCUCGUUCUUCCUGCCAGUUUGAUCGUUUCUGGCAUGGCAGCAGCCAAUUUCUCGGUCUACGUCUUCACGGGGGCCGAAAUCCACUGGCGUCAAGCUAAGACGUUUACGGGGAAUGCGGCCGCACUACGCACUCUGUUAUCAGGAUUAACCGGUUUUUUGAUCGGGGAGGCGUUACUCGUGGCUGCUGCUCUUUUCACGGCUCGGCCAAUCCACUCGUUUAGUGGUGGCGUUCUACAUGUCUUGGCGUGGCCCUUCCGUUGGUUAACCGCCCGACUGCGACCGUGCGUGGAGCCUUGGUUGCAACGCUUCCAUAAUCGGAAGUCCAAUUCAAAGAAUACAUCAUUACCCGAUCCUCGAACAUACGAACAGAUUCAUUUGGAAGAUGAUUAUCUAAACGACUCGGCCGAGGAAGAGGAGGAAGGUGACUAUUUACUCGACCCGCUGGGUAACAACCGCUCCCAGGACCAUGAAUUCUCCACUCAAGAGCAACGUCGACGGACGGACCGUCUACUGCCACGAGUCCUGGUGCUCACAUUUGUGUUUUUGGCUGCCACCUUGCGUAUAGUUCGGCCGCCUGAUCCGAUGUACCUGUACCUGUCGGGUACCUUACCUUUGGCCUCAUUUUUUGAAGGCGGUCACCGGAAUUCGCCAGUCGAUACCACUGGUUUACCCCGCUCGGAAUAUAGAUUUUUGGAUAAAAGCACAUCGCAGGCUACCCCGCCAUCAUGGGAUUGGUUAUCUGGGGAACCUGGCUCCGGCUUCGAGGAUUGGAAGACUAUGACAAAUGAGUCCCUGCAUUAUAGCCCACAGAAGAACCCAAUGCACAUUUCCAAUCUGCAGCAGCCAGUUCUGGAGUCGAUCCGAGGUGCUUUGAAUGACGGAAGCGUUAAGAUUAAGCAUGUGGUCUUGCUGAAGCUAGAGAGCGCUCGUGCAGAUACAUUCCCCAUACGCAAGGACUCUUUCCUCUAUAAUCGCAUUGCAGAGACUCACAAGAAUGAUGAGAUCCCUGCCGACGUCGAGAAACUCAUUGCCAACCUCACUCGCACCGCUGAGUACUUGACCGGAUUUGACUCCGGGUUCAAGCAUGACGACAAGCUCUACUCCAACCCCAAGGCAUAUGGCGGUAUCAGUGCCAGAAAUGCAUACACAACUUCCACCUACACACUGAAGAGUCUGACUGGUACUCUGUGCGGCGUGACGCCCCUCGUUGCAGAUUUCAACCGCGAGUGGGAAUACGACAUCUAUCAGCCUUGCUUACCGCACAUCUUUGAGACCUUGAGCCACCAGAAGGGCAUCGCAGCUGAGCCAAACACUACCGAUGAUUUUACCCAGUGGCCCUGGCACUCGGUCUGGAUGCAGUCAGUCACUGACAGCUAUGACAACCAAGACAAACUCACACCAAAGCUGGGUUACCAAGAAAAGUUCACAAAGGAGAUUAUCGAAAAGCCCGGUGCAAAGCACUACCCAGUGAAAACUAAGGAAGUCAACUACUAUGGCUAUAUCGAUGGCGAACUUCGCGACUAUAUCCGCGACGCAAUUGAUGACGCAGAACGCGAUCAUGAGCGCCUCUUCUUAACCCAUCUCACCGGCACAACACAUCACCCAUGGGGUCUUCCAAACGAUAUCUAUGCUUCGCUUCUGGGCUCGACCAAAAACCACGGCGAGGACUUGAACAGGUAUCUCAACGCUGUCGGUUACCAAGACACUUGGCUCGCCGAUAUUCUGGCUAUUCUCGAAGAGAAGGGCGUCGCCGAUGAGACCCUGCUAGUCAUGGCAGGUGACCACGGUCUUUCGCUGCCCAACGACGGUGGUAUCACACCUUACGAUAACCCUCACGUUGGCAGUUUCGCCGUUCCCAUUGUCCUGGCGCACCCAAAGCUUCCAGUUCUAGAGGUCUCUGGUCCUGUCAAUAGCAACCAGAUUGUGCCUUCUAUUCUGGAUCUUCUCAUCGAGUCGAAAUCCAUCGGCGAGGAAUCUAUCCAACCCACCAAGGAUAUCCUCUCUCUCUACGAAGGACAGUCACUUCUCCGUCCCCUCACCCAGGAAAAAGAUGGCAUGCAAAAUUGGCAGUACACCGUUAUGAAUACCGGUGGAUCAUGGCUGGCCGUUCGUUCCGGCGCGAAGCCCCAAUUCCGACUCGUCAUCCCGCUCGUCAAUGAUGUAGAGUGGCGAUUCUCCGAUCUGAAUGCCGAUCCCAAUGAAGUGGAACCCGUUUCAAGAUUCAGUCUCGCUGACUUGGCCACCGUCAUUCGCAAAGAAUAUGACGAUGAAGCGCUACGCUGGCUCUAUGAUGCCGCUUACGUCACGAACUGGUGGGUUGAACAAAAUUGGAAGAAGUACGGCUACCACCCAAAGGAUAAUGAUGAUGAUGAUUGA